GACCGUGGAAAACAUUACUAACAGUAAUGGAGAACUCAUGGUAUUCUUCCAUAAGAAAGAACACUUGGUGAAAACUUAACCUUUUUCAUCAAAUAUUUCUGUUGCUGACUAUUUAUUUGGAACUGCUGUCGUUUUGAAAAUGUCAGUAGAUCUUCCAAACAGUCAAGCAAACCCUUACCUAAGAACCCAAAUGUAAGCACAGCUUCAUCAGUGUUUAGAGUAAUAAGGUACACUUGUCGGAAUGUGUAUUUAUUUGCAUAGGGCAGCUCAACUUAGCAAUCCAUUGCUUUCUUUAUAGUCUUAAACAUUCUUGUCCAGUCUAGAGAUGGUGGGGGGUGGGGGGGGUAUAUUGAGUUGCAUACUCAAUGCCUUUUACAUGUUUAAUUUCAACUGGUUCAGUGUAAAUUGGGCUCCAGUCAACAUGAACGAGGAACCCAUUGAAAGCAAUAAGACAGUUAAUUACAAAACAGAUAGCUGGAAAUUUGCUCUUUUAGUAUUUAUCCAGUAGAUGUUUUGUGAAAGUAAGUCCCUUCUAUUUGUUAAAAAGUAAAGUGCUCUGAUAUUAAAGUGUGAGUUUAAUAUUUCACCCACCUUCAGUAAUUUAAUACUAAAAAUAAGGUUUCACAGUGCUAGACUAUUUAUUAAUGAGAAAAACUCUUCAGAUAUUAUUUAAGCCAGAGUUUAAUAUUUUACCCACCUUUAAGUAAUAUUAAAAGAUUCAGUUUUUAACAGUGUUUGCAACUUCCAAUAUUUCAAAGAAGCCUCUCUUUUUAACAGUUUUAAAGGGGCUUCCUUUAACAAGAUCAAAUAGACAAAUACUAAGAGCAUUUUUCCAAGAUAUAAGUGAUCAAUGAAACUCAUUUUAACAGGUACCUCACUCAUGCUGACUGAAGCACAAGCUUGUGCUACUUGUAUUCCAAUUUUACAAACUACGUUCAUCUCUAGGAGACAGAAUGAGCGGUAUGAUGGCUGCAUGGUCCCAUGGUGUUUAUACUUGCGUACUAUUGUUUGUACAGAUGAACGUGGAACUUUCAGGCGUUUGGAAAUUGCUCCCAAGGAUUAACCAGACUUGGGAGGUCCACAAUUUUUAGCUGAUUUCUUUUGAUUUUCCCAUGAUGUCAAGUAAAGAGGCACCGAGUUUGAAGAAUGUUCUCUAAUGGUGCAGCACCUCUUGGUCAAUGACAUUUUCAAGAUGGACACUUGGGUUAUCCCUUUGCACUGGUGUACCGGUGGUUUCUCUUUCAUCAGUCUGCAACACUUGUUCAUCUGUUCCACACAUUCUCUGGGUUGGCACUGGCCAUUUUUAACUUUGGGUCUCAGGUCGGUCACUCACUCUUAUGUAUAGUCAUUCAAUUCUUGAUGCUGAGGUUGAUGGGAAGGACAGUAACAUGCGUUUUGAGUAGCUUUAUCUUUCAGAUGGUAUAUCUGUUGAUGGGUUAUUACUACACAGCUACAGAUGAGUAUGAUAUCAAAUGGACCAUGCCUCACUGUGUCCUCACACUCAAACUCAUCGGUUUAGCACUUGAUUAUUAUGAUGGUGGAAAAGAACCAUCUCAGAUAAGUGCAGACCAGAAGAAGUCUGCCCUCAGCUCUACACCAUCUCUGUUGGAGGUGUUCGGUUUCUCAUACUUCUAUGGAGGCUUCCUGGUAGGGCCUCAGUUCACACUACGCAACUACCAGAAUCUGGUAUCCCGAGAAAUGUCUGAUUGCCCUGGACACCCACCCAAUAGUGUGGUUCCGGCAAUGAAACGACUAGGUUUGGGUAUGCUUUCCUUAACCAUCUUCACGAUAGGUGGACCGCUUUACCCAGAUAGCUACUACUUAACAGAUGAGUUUGAGGCACAACCUUUCUGGUACAAGUGUGUGUAUAAUCUAGUGUGGGUAAAAAUAAACCUGUACAAGUACAUCAGCUGCUGGCUAAUAACGGAGGGUGUGUGUAUACUCUCCGGGCUGGGCUAUAAUGGGAAGAACGAGAAAGGCGAGCACCAAUGGGAUGCCUGUGCCAAUGUCAGAGUGUGGCUAUUUGAGACCACACCCCUCUUCACAGGCACUAUCAACUCCUUCAACAUCAACACAAAUGCUUGGGUGGCCAGGCAUGUGUUUAAGAGGUUGAAGUUCUUGGGUAACAAGUUGUUGUCUCAGAUGUUCACAUUGUUAUUCCUGGCAAUCUGGCAUGGCUUGCACUCAGGGUACCUCAUCUGCUUCUCCAUGGAGUUCAUCAUUGUCAACGUGGAGAAGCAGGCUCAGGCUCUGGUGCGGGACAGUCCGUUGCUUGUGUCCAUAGCUCAGAGCCCUCUCUAUGUGCUCGUAUAUGUAGUGCAGCAGUUUAUUCACUGGCUUUUUAUGGGAUACCCUCUUGUGCCAUUCUGCCUCUUCACUUAUGACAAGUGGUUCAAGGUUUACUCCUCUUUAUAUUUCUGUGGUCACAUCUUUUUCUUCGCUGCCUUUCUCGUCCUGCCAUACCUCCGCAAGGUGCUCGUGCCUCAAAAAAGAGGCACUGAGAAAAAGGAGAAUUAGUUAAAAGGGUAUCUAUGUUUGCAGCUGUCUAAACUGACUGAACUGUGACUUUUAAAGAGCAACCGAUGAGGACAAAUUUUAAGGCCUUUAGUAAUAUAUUACUAUAUACAUACAACAUGAUGUAUGUGUAUAAAUGGUAGUCAGUUGGAGGGUCAUAUAGGUGUGGACAACAAUGAAAAAGGUAAAAAACUGCAGAAAUAUAUGCAGUUUUGCGAUUGAAUAUUCACUGAAUAAGAAGUACUGAUGUUUGGUGGCUUAAGAUAAUUAUACUGUAUAUGCUCAUACCAUUGCACUCAUUACUCAGUAAUGAUCUCAUUUUCUGUUUCCUGUCUAAUCAGAGAAUUGGCUUUGGCUAUAGCUAAGGGCACAUGUGCACUUUUAGAAAGGAUGUAGAACAUUCAUUUAAAGAUGGAAACUAAUGAGACCGUUUUUUAUUUUCCUUUGCUUGGAAAACCUCCACAAACCUGCAAACCCCCUGAGACUGAUAAAAGGCACUGGAACACACACACAAAUAUGUGAAUAAGAGUGAACAGUACACUCAGCAUUGCCUGACAUUAUAAAUGAAUAUUUUUCAUUUUUAAUAACAGUUUUUCUUGUGAUUAGACAACUUCUGAUGGGGGUUCCUCUAAUUUUUUAGGAUGGGUUUUAUGGUAGCUGCAGUUUUAUAGCUUUUUGGACUUAAAGUUUCACAAAAGGGACCGUCAUUCUGUCAUCGCAUUCCCUCACUCCCUUUAACACUGCCUGUCAAUCCAUCUGACCUUCUCUAAUACCCUGUUCACUCCAUUUUCUCCAAGUCUUUUUUUGUCCAGUGUUGAGCACAAGUGAAAAAGGAACCAUGGUAAAGACAUGCACUACCUACCUGACUCAUAAAUAAGAGGGUAGAUGUGUGUCAAUAUUAUUAAGAGCAGAGUGUUAAAUCUUGAUAUUAUAACAAGCAUUUUAAUGGGCAGUGAACCAAAUUGUGAAACAGGCUAUAUACUGGUUCGAAACUACCUUUCUUCUGAUUGAUCAGCAUAAUUAAAAACCUGUCCAGACCUUUUAUCAGCUUUCAAGACUUUGUUGUCUGCUUUCAGUAAUUCUGACACACAUUUGCCUUCAUGCAUCCGUUUUGUAUGACAUGACAUAUUGAAGAUUCUUGAUACAAAUAUACACUCAUCAGCCACAACAUUAAAACCACCUGCCUAAUGUUGUGUAGGUCCCCAUCGUGCCACCAAAACAGCACCAACCCGCAUCUCAGAAUAGCAUUCUAAGAUGAUAUCUUCUCACCACAAUUGUACUGAGCGGUUAUCUGAGUUACCGUAGACUUUGUUCGAAUCAGUCUGGCCAUUCUCUGUUGACCUCUCUCAUCAACAA